GGCCGGGGGUUGUAUGAGAAUGUUGGAAGAUGAGGUUUUCUGUUUCAUCCUGGCGUUAUUCCACAAAAUCAUGCCACAUGUAGACAUGCUGUUUAACCAUCUGCAGAAGAGGAACAUAGACUCUGUCUUCAUCGCAGGGAUCACCCAGAGGUUCACUCACAGCAUACAGGCCAUCAGGGACUCCGUUCCUUCUCUAGUUGAGGAUGAGGAGUAUAGGGGACCUGUACAGGAACCACCCCUAAAGAAAUGGAGGGCAAUGGGAGAAGAAACGCAACAGCAUCUGGCAAUAGAGGUAUGUGAUACCAUUAUGAGCCAUGCCAAGGAGAGGUUUUCUUUCACCAAUCAUCUCAUCAGUGCCACUCUGUUGCAAGGAGACUUGUUUCCACAACACAACAGAAAGUUCCCGGAUUCAGCACUAGGAACCACGGUGGAUGCCUAUCCCAUGUUGGACAAAGCCAGACUUAAAACAGAACUGUCCCUGAUCUAUGAAAAUGAGGACUUCCAGGGUUGCAGUGGUGCACUGGCUCUCUUUCAGGUUGUAAUGGAAAAUAACCUUCAAGACACAUUCACCGAAACUGUAAGUCUUCUCAAGAUCCUCAUCACCACACCAAUGACAACAGCAGAAUAAGAGAGGUGCUUCUCUUCUUUAAGAAGUAUAAAAACUUUCCUUAGGAACACGAUGGCACAAGAUCUCCUCAACGCUCUGGCUAUGCUCUCUAUAGAGAAAAAACUGACACGGGACAUUCCAGAUUUCAACACAAGAGCCACUCAGAAAGAUAGACAAGCAAAGUUCCUGUACAAAUAAGAGUUCUCCAUCCCCUUCACUCUCACUCCCCCCCGCAUUCACUCCAUCUACCUCUCUCAUACACAAAUCUAACUGUCACAGACACCAUAUGUUAGUCU